AUGUCAGCGACGCCGCCGGACGGCCCUUCCCCAGCCACCGGAAAGCCGUAUCACAGCAAGAGACCACACAAAAAAACAAGGACCGGCUGCCUCAACUGCAAAAAGCGCAAAGUCAAGUGCAAUGAAGGCAGACCCAGCUGCAUCGCGUGCCUGAACAGGAGCGACGACUGCGAGUAUCAACAGGCGAUACCGUUACAAGCUCAACAAAAGCAAGCUCGUCAGCAGGCUAUGCUUCUACAAAGCCGCCGGCCACAGUACAAUCAACUUCCCUAUUCGCUUGCCCUUCCACAGACGCACUCUGAAGAGCUCGUACAAGACUCACCCUCGCCGCAAUUUCGAGCAAGGCUUUUCACACAGCCCCAACAAAACCCACAGCCAUCAGGGCCACUGGCGCCGGAUCGCUCAAUUCUUCGGCGACUCUACCAGCCCUCUCAAUCCCAGAAACUCACAGAGCCGCAGAAGUUGAGACAACUUGCCGAUAUAAUAGAGUUUGAGGAAAUUAUAUCCAAAUUUCCGGGGCCUAUUCAACUACAGAUGGAUUGCUUCAACCGAGAGCAAAUCGACGGCAUAUUCCAAGCGCGGACGAAUGCGCUCUACACAUUAUUGGACAAGCUAUUACAUGCACAAGAGAAAAUCAUGCGCGGGCCUCAAAUGCAGCUGCACCCUUUCUACAUGCCUAAAUCUUCGAGUAUCGAAAUUCAGGCGCACCUUCUGCAGCAUUUCGAGUCACACACUAGUACAUCAUUUAACGCCGAUCCCAUAGAGCGGCGUUACUCUGACCAUAUUCUUAGAGAAACUGCCGUCCAAUACAGCUUCCAAUCAGCCUCGCUGAUGAACUCUGUUUUAGCCUUAACAGCUCUGCACAUUAAAAGGAAGAGGAUCGCCGGGGACCCUGCUUUGAUAGCGCUGCUGGCUCACGAGUAUGUUGAUACUUCAGCGUCCCAACUCGUCGCGGACAUGGAUGUGGCCGACCCGAAUUCCUUCCCUCAUCUGGUGAUUGCCUCGCUUCUUAUGACGGCCAUAUCAUCAGAGCAAUUCAGAGACGGGCGUUCGGGGUUGAAGCUGUACAUCCUCCAUUGGAUGAAAGUCUGGUGCGGGAUCAGUGUUAUGAUGGACCGCAUUACAGUUGCCGGUCUCAUUGAAACUGGUCUUUUAAAGCUCUUUUACAGACCGCUACUCAAUCUCGAGGCCGGAGACGAAAACACCCCUGAAGUUAUCCGAACCCUUGUGGCCUUUGACCCCGCUGAUCCCAAUAAUCAUGCUAUUUACCGCGAAGCAGCACGCUAUCUUGGUACUCUGUACCAUCAUUUGAAAGAUGGACUUAGCCCAAUGAUGAUUUUACGGAUCGUAACCUGGGUCACGUUUCUUCCUAAAGAAUUUGUCCAACUUGCAUUCCAGAGGCAUUGGAAAGCUCUGGUCAUCGUGGCACAUUACGCUGUCUUUUUGAAGCUCACGACCCGGAUAUGGUGGAUGGAGAACGUCGGCCAAAGAUCCAUUGAGGACUUGAUUGACUUCCUUGGUCUGUGGAAGCUGGAAUAUGUUCAAGUGCCAUUCGCUGCGAUGAGGACUGACGAGCCUAUUGAGCUUGGCCGCUUGCUCCUAGGCGACGAGACCUGGGAACAUGAGCCAUCAACAAGGAUCUUCACCCGGGAAGAAAUGCUGUUUAUCGAUGAACAGGAGAACUUUGAGAACUUCUUCAAAGAAAAGGAACGGGUUACCGUACCGGGCAGCCCUGGCUAUGUUUUUCAUGAAGCCGGAAGUGUUAAACUUCGCCCUCUGCCGUAA